GUGGUGAAAUGGGGGAGGAGAUUCACUGAAGUGCUGUUUCACAUUCCUGUGUUGGGCUUCACAGGGUUUUUGCCAGUUUUGACAAGAGGAAGUAUCUUAAUCAGAACUGUAAUGGACAUCAUUGAACCAAUCCUAGCCAUAGCAGAGAAGCUGUAUGGCCUGUGUGAGGAGGUGAAGGCCAACAAGAAGCGCUGCCAGCGUCUAGCUCACCGUGUGUCCACUUUGACGGAGCUAGUAAAAGCUGUGAAGGUUCAAGGCUUUGGCAAGGAGCCUAAGCAGGUAGAAAGAGGGCUUUAUGAACUUAAACAGACCCUGGAAUUAGCAGAGAACAUUGUGAGGAAAUACACUACCAUCAACUAUCUGAAACGCAUCACAAAAGCAUUUCACUUUGGUGAGGAGUUCAUCUCACUAAAUGAAAGACUGAACGAUGCUGCUCAGUUACUUUCUCUAGUGCUUCAGGUUGAGCAUAGGGACAGCAUAGUCAAAGUGUUUCAAGAGGCAACCAGGCUACGGGAAGAUGAAGAGGACAGGCAGAGCGACUGUCUGGAGCUUCGCAGUUUGCUCCAGUCUCUAGUCCAGGACACUAGAGGAACAAACACGAUGGUUGAUGCUGUACAAAGGACAGUUGAACAAACGCACAGGGAUGUGCAGGAUAUUAAAGAUAUCUUGGAAUCAUUGGGAAAACCCAGUGUGUAUCUACAGGACAUUAGAGAGAUUAAACCAGAAGAACUGACCUAUGACUUCCCUGUUAAGCCCAUUAUGACAUCUAGCCAUUCUGAGCUAUACAAAGGAACAUACAACAAGUUCACUGUGGCUAUCAAGAGAUACACAUGUCUUUUGAGGACCCACCCCAGAGAGUUGAGGAGUAUUUUUAACAAGGAAGUAGAGACCAUGAAGCGCUUUGAGUCACCUAAUAUCUUAAGAAUGUUCGGGAUCUGUGUCCAGGAUGAGAAUGAGCAAAAUCCAAGCUACCUGAUAGUCAUGGAAUACUGUGAGAAGGGAAGUCUUAGACAAGUAUUGGACAGUAACUGCAAUCUGCCCUGGGAUAGAAAGACUCAAAUGUGUCUAGAUGCAGCACAGGGACUCUACAGAUUACAUCAGUCAGAGGAGAAGUUUAAAGUACAUGGUUCCAUAAAAAGCAGCAGUUUCCUAGUGGCUGCUGGUUACAGAGUGAAGUUGGGAGGUUUUGAGUUGGCACAAACAGAAACUUCUCUUCAGAAGAAUAAACACAAAAAUAGCAGCUCCUUCUAUUAUAGCUCUCCACAACAGCUUAAGAGUGUCAACCAUCCCUAUGACAAGGCGUGUGAGAUCUACAGUUUUGGCAUUGUCUUGUGGGAAAUUGCUACCCGACAGGUUCCGUUUAAAGACUGCUCAAAGCACAUGCAGAUCUACCAAAAGGUUUUUGAAGAAAGGUUUAUCGAGCCACUUCCCUCAGACUGUCCCAGACAGCUAGAAGUGCUUAUAAAUGCCUGCCGAUCCUUUGAGCCCUUUGAAAGACCAACAGCAGGAGUGUUGGUGGAUAAGCUCUGCAAACUGGUGGAAGAGGAGUGACGACAAGAGAAAACCUUUGUAUCUCUGUCAAAGUGUGAAUAUCAGAUGAGGAUGUGGAUGCAAUAGCUUAUACUGUACAUCUGCCUAGCCAAAGCAUGUGUAUUUGGCAAAUAUAUUUCUGCAUUUCCUGGCUGGACACAUGAGUAUUAAUUCACUUCAGGCAAUUUUUUAAAUUAUUUUUUCAAAUGGAGGAACUUCACAGUUACUUGGUUUAUUCUCUCCCCUACAAAAUAUGAUCAACAAAAAAACAAGCUGACACAAAAAUGACAUUAUGUACUCACAAUGUUUUUUAUUCGCCAUAUAAUUAAAGUGAAUAAGGGAUGUCAAGCUCCCCCAAAAAAUAUAAUAAAAAAUACAAUAAUAAUAAAAAAAUAUAAAACCAAGUAAUUGAUAUGACUGUAUAUUCCAAGUCCACUAAUCACUUUGUGCAAUUAACAGACAAGUCUUUUUUUACUGUAAAAUUCCCACUAAUUUACCUAAUUUGGUAUCUCUUUAUUUCUUUUGUUGCUUAUAAUCUGUAAUGUUUCUAUUAGUGAAAUGGCUUCAGUUAAUAAUGAUACAUUUGCCUAUAUGUAGCUGGUAUUGUUACUACCACUGCUGUUUCUUAUACUAACUGCACAUCAGUGUACAGCAGUAAUUCUCAUGCAUUACCAUGUCAUUUACAUUUAUGCAUUUGGUCUGUAAAUUUAUCCAAAUGUUAGGAUAUAAUUCUUUUUUCAUGCACCUUCAGAACAAGAAUAUAAACUAAUUAUGAUUUAAAAUGAGUGUUUUCACCUAUGCUUGUUUUGCAGGGAGGCCACAAGUUCUUUCAAAAAUUGUAUUAGGCUAUUUUAAAAUAUAUUAUUGUUUUUUUAUUGUUUAACAAAUUUAUUGUUAUUUUUAAAUCAUGUUUUAUAGAUAAAUUGUUAAUUUUACUGCAAAGAGCAUUUGUGAAUGCUUGCCUCAUUUCAUAAAUAAAAAUGUUUGGUGUAGGCCUAAUGUAAAAAUAUUAAUGAGAGUUUAUUAUAAAACACAGACUCUUUACUAAUUUCUUAGAUGUCCGUUGGUUUAUUACAUUUUAGAACCUCUGGAUUUUGAUUAGACCUUAAUCAAGACGUGAAUAAAUUAAGGUUAUUAGCAUUGAUUUACCUUGGAGCAAAUCUAGGUGUCCUUGCUGAUGUUAUAAAUGUUCAUUUGGGAAUGAGGGCUAACACAGUAUAAUCCAAAGCAUGCUCUUCUCGAGAUUUAAAGAUUUUUUAAAAGAAAGAAAAAUAGUGCUGUGAUGGACUGGCGACCUGUCCAGGGUGACCCCGCCUUUCGCCCAAUGUUAGCUGGGAUAGGCUCCAGCCCCCCGCGACCCUGUACACAGGAUAAGCGGUUGACGAUGGAUGGAUGGAUGGAAAAAAUAGUGUGUAUCCUCUCUAUGUACCUCAUGUUAGAAACAAGAACGAAUGCAUGGUCAAUUUAACCUGAUAUGUUACAUACUGUACAUACAUUUCACAAAGGCUACCUUAAAAAAAAUACAAACUAUCAACAUCUGUUUAUAUAUUCAUACAAGUAGUGUUGCAGAGUAUUUUUCAAGGAAGAAAAUUAGCUCAAAACCUAAAACCUGAU